GCGGCGGUCCUUCUAGCGUGGACUUCGCCACCGAGCUGUCGAAGUUCAUCGAGCACGACCUGGCCAAGGUCUACCACUACCUGCUGCCGUUCGUAUCGGUGCACUUGGUUUCUGCGUCUGGGUCUGGCAUUCAAGUCGAUCACUACGACUUGACGCUGAGAGAAUAUACGCUGUCGCAGUUGAAGCAGACUCACGGCGUUCAGGUAGGAGGGGAUGUGGAGCAGCUUGGGUUAACCUCUGAGUGCGUCGAAUGA